AUGACACCACGCGCAUACAGGCUGUUGCUGCUUCGCUCUCGUCAGCAGCUUCUAAGCAAGAGCGCUCCGGAACGCGCGCCUCGGGGCUCAUCAUGCGCAAGGGCUGCCAUUGGCUGCUCUGUGGCACGCACGGAUGCCUGUCCGUCCCAGUCCUUCUCCUCGGCAGCAACAGCAGCAAGCCGCGCGAGGCGAACGAGGGGCAAGACCGAGGACAGAGAGCGGGACGACGUAGGCGGGAAAGGAAGCUCGCAUGCCAUGCACGUGAGACCUGCUGGAGCAAGCGAGCUGGAGAGCAAUGAAGAGGUGGAAGCACGGGACGUGGAUGCGGUGGAUGCGGAGCGCAAAAUCAUUUCGUCGCGCUUCAAACAAUUGAAACGUUGGUGGAACAAGGCGUACCUGAUGCAGGGCGAGCGCGAGUGCAGAAAGAUCAAGGGAAGCAGGUUUAAUGGCAAAUCGGAUCACUCCCUCUAUCUCACCCACGACUCAAAGUUUAGGCGCGUCUGCAUCCUCGCCAUCGACAUCGAGACUCGUACUGGCGCACCCGAACAUCCGCAGCCGAGCGUGGGUGGAGAGGCGGGUACCUCGAUGAGGGACCUUCUGAGAAAAGGUUUGGAGAUCGACCCAUCGGCGAGCGGGUCGCCCAGCAUCCAAAAGGAUAGCUCUGAUGUGGUCCAAACUGGCUGGACCGUCAUGUCAGCUAGCGACGCCCCACAGUCUGACAUCGACAAUCUGACAGCAAGGCAGAAGAUCUACCUCACACUCGAGAAGCAAGAGUACCGCUCGUGGCAUUAUGUCGUGAGCAAUCACUGGUCUUUUGCGACUGGCACACCCCCAGAUACGGGCAUCUUUGCCUUUGGUCACGCUGCAGACUCGGCUGCAGACUCGGCUGCAGACUCGACCUCGACCCAAGACUCCAGCCAGACGCGCGCCUUUGAGUGGCACGAUGACUUCUUUGAGGAAGUCGGGCGCAUUCACCGCUUCUCGAGGCUCGCUUCGGAGCACCAAGUUGUGGGCGCUCUUUACGAUAUCAUCGAGUAUCUCAGCACGCGCAGCAACCUCUUGAUUGCCGUCCACAACGCCAAGCAAGGUGAGCAGGCACGUGUGCGGCUAUUUAAAGUCGCUCCGCUGAUGAUCGCCUCACUACAGCUUUGCCCUUUCUACGCCAGGUCGGACUUGACGUGGAUCAUUGGGGCUCGCCAUACGAUGAGGAUCUCUUGGUCUCAUCCGUACCAUUGCUCGUCGACGUCCAGGGAUUUGGACUGGGCAUGCUGCGGGAGUCUUAUUUGAAACAAGCAAGUUCCAAAGAGCGAUACAGCUCUGCUGUGAUCGAUGCCCAGUCUCGGGAGUUGCCAUUGGAAAUCCUAACGAGCGUUUUGCGAAAGCCUAGUCGAUACACAGAGUGGCACAACUCAGGCAAUCGGGCACGACGCAUCGCCGAAUGCGUCGUCAACUUCUUGUUUAGUCACAUCUUUCCCGUGCGAGCUGAGGUGGCAGCUCCACUGUGGGACCAGGCGACCCUCGAUUUUGCAAAAGCUGGUGGAGACCUCGCACUCAUGGGCUUGGGGGUGGACGAGACUGGGGCGUUGCGGGCGAAGGGGAGCCCGUCAGGAGCAGAUCAGGACGUUCGCGAGGAGACCAAUCUCCCGUCGACCAGCGACGUCGUUCGCUCCAGCCAAGAGAUUGUCGAAGACGAGAUCCCGCUUGUGGAUCAGCUCGAUUCGCUGACGUCGCAGGAAGCGCACGAAAGCGGUAUCCAGUCACUUUCGGUACUCUCGCCCAUCGACUAUAUCCUUGCCCGUCCCGACCCGGCAUCCUCUGAUACCCCUGCGUCGCACGCUAAGGACAAGGCAGAGCAGUCUCUUGCACUCGUAUGGAAGCGGCACGAUGCCCACUUUCACCUGCGAUUUGUCCACUUGCAGGGCGCCAUUCACACUUGGCCAUCCGUUGUCGCCAGCUUGAAGUUCAAGCAGCGCAUUCGAGAUGAAGAAGCACUCAUCAAGCAGACGUAUGCGAAGCGCAUCUCAACCGAUGUCACGACCUGA